GUAUCCUAUAGGCUUGAAAUCCGGCAAUUGUCACAUGACCGAUUAGAUUACAUUGUCGUUAAAAAUAGUUUUUCCGAGAAGUUAAAGAAUCUCUCAGAACCUCAGCUCAUGAUGAGAUGGCGGAAYUCAAUGUGUUCGCGAACAAUCUUGAAAGAGAACUCACUUGUUCCAUAUGCGAAAAGAUCUUUACCAACCCAAGGACGUUGAAAUGUCUGCACGCUUUCUGCCUGAAAUGCAUAUCUGACUGGAACGAGUUGUGUAGACAGGAAAGACGACCACUAACGUGUCCUUCAUGUAGGUCAAUCGAGAGACUCGAAGGCGAUGACGUGUCUAAUCUUCCUCUUUCGUUCUACCUCGACUCCCUUCUUCAAGUUCUUCGUGAUAUGAAAACUGCUGCCAAGACACAAGACCAACAGGAACUACCAGACUGUGUUAGCUGCAAGAAACGAGACAAACUCGUAGCAUUCUGUCCACAGURCCAAGGAUUUAUCUGUGUUUCAUGCAUGGGCCUUCACCAAACCUUAACGACGUUCCAGGAGCAUCAAGCGACGAUGUUCAGCGAUUUCAACAAAGAAAAUGUCAACAACCACGUUAAAAAUCAAAUGUAUUAUUGUYCAAAAAGAUACCACAGCAAAAACAAACUAGACUUUUACUGUACAACAUGCAAACAAUGUAUCUGUUUGAAAUGUAACGCAACAGAACAUAAACUACACCACGUAGUGACCGUCGAGGAAGCCGCGCAAGAGAUGAAAGUGUCCAUAAAGCGGGAUAUGGACAGAGCAAAUAUGAUGAAAGAACACUAUGAAGAAGAACUUGAACAUUCCAAACAGGAUGUCGCAYGUAUUGAGCAAGAAAUUAAUGCAGCAAUGAAGAAAGUUACCGAUUAAUGUACGUUACACACCUCAAGUCAAGUCACGCAAACCUUGCAGGAUAUUGGAACUGUUGAGGAAAGCGUGACAGAUCAUUCACGUUGUUCAAUUGAAAGUCUAAAUGACAUCAGGUGCGGUCUUGUCAAUCGCUUUGAAGUCGUCACAAGAAACUCUCAAAACGAACAAAGCAUGACUUGUAAAGGCUCUAUUGAUGUUCAAAUCAAAGAUGGCGAUGGAAUGGAUGUAGAGAAGGAAUUAAAUCAAAGUGAAAAAGGGAAAUACACCGUGAAGUAUCUUGCAGAGAAACCGGCAUGUAAUUACACAGUCCAUGUGAAAAUCAAUGGACAAGAAAUCAAGAACUCACCACAGACUGUUAAGACACGUGACCUCAGAGGGGAAUUUAGACCAGUCAAAGACUUUCCACGAGUAAAAAGAAAUUCAAGUAAAUUCUGGUCACUAGCAAUAAGUGAAAGAGGAGAGGUAGCCAUUGCUGACUUGGGUGUUGGUCGUAUUGUAAUGUUCAAUGUUGACGGAGAGUAUUUGAGACAUUUUGGCGAAGAAGGAACCGAUGAAGGUAAACUUAUUAAUCCUCGUGCUGUAGUCUUUCAUGAAGACCAUUUACUUGUUACUGAUAAUAAUGCGAACAAUGGUACUGGACGAAUAAAGAAGUUCGAUUUGAAUGGUACUUACUGUAGAACUAUUUACAAAGAGCAAGGAGUUGAACUAUUUGGAAUGCGUGCAACAAAUGAAAACAUUGCUGUUUGCUAUCAGUCCCCAAUCAAAAACCAGUCGGGAAUAACAUUUUUAAAAAAGCAAUCUGGCCAGGAGGUGCAGAGAGAAUUUCGCAUGAUYAUUGAAGAUGAGGUACCAAAAAAUAUUGCUUAUGAUAGCGGUAAAUACUUUGUGUCAUAUCCAGCGGAACACUSCAUCCGCGUUUUUGAUAGAAAUUUUGCACUGUUGUAUAAAUUUGGAAAGAAAGGAAAUGGAAAUGGUGAGUUUAAAUUUCCACGAGGUCUGGCUGUUAUAAGUGAUACAAUCCUUGUUUGUGAUGAUGACAACUACCGAGUUCAAAUGUUGAAUCAGGAUGGUCGCUUCAUACGUUCCUUUGGUAGCCGUGGUUCAGGUCUUGGUCAGAUGAAGAACCCUAUGGAUGUCGCUGUUGCACCAGGUGGUCAAGUCUUUGUAGUUGAAUGGGACAAUUACCGUGUCCAAGUCUGGCGAUAGAAUCUAUAGAUAACGCAUAGUUACAACUAUAGGUGGUACUUUCCCUCUUUUUUAGACCGUUUGUUUUUUUUGUCAAAAAAAGAUCUAUCGUUGAAAGCUGCUUUUUGAUUGGUACGAAACCAAAGAUGGCGAUUCCUUUUGGAUAAACCGUAAACCGUGUUAUUUGAUCUUUUUUUACAUGACGUCCAGCGGCUUUUGGUAUUAUUUUGUAUAGCUAUUUGGCUUGAUAAUCUUACAAUGAGAAUAGAAAUAAUGAUAACAAUAAUGGAUUAUCAACUCAAUGUGUUUCCCGAAAAGAGAGGUGAUCAUUGCGAUGGGACAAACUUCAAACUAUCGUUUGAAGUACAUACUAUACGAAAAUAUAUAGAGAUUUUUAAUGUCUAGAACUGCAUGUUCACUUCAGAUUUAAGCAAAACUUUAUUAGAAAUAUAAGUUUGAUAAAAUUUAGCAUUUGUUUAGCGACCUUACAUAAAGAUGAAUGUAGAAAAUAUUCAGUUUUAARUAACUCAAUUGUUAAUCAGUAAUGACAAUACACAUGAAUACAAUAUGACAUUCAG